GAUUACCGACGAGCUUGGUACACGAUGGACUUCCUUUUCGGGAAGAGGAAAACUCCGGAGGAGAUGCUGAAGCAGAAUCAGAGGGCGCUCAACCGAGCCAUGAGAGAACUGGACCGAGAGCGAAUGAAACUGGAGCAACAGGAGAAAAAGAUCAUCGCUGACAUCAAGAAGAUGGCCAAACAGGGACAAAUGGACGCCGUCAAGAUCAUGGCCAAGGAUUUGGUUCGCACGCGGCGCUACGUCAAGAAGUUCAUCAUGAUGAAAGCCAACAUUCAGGCCGUCAGCCUGAAGAUACAGACGCUCAAGUCCAACAACAGCAUGGCGCAGGCCAUGAAAGGCGUCACCAAGGCCAUGGCCACCAUGAACAGACAGCUGAAACUGCCUCAGAUUCAGAAGAUCAUGAUGGAGUUUGAGCGGCAGAGUGAGAUCAUGGACAUGAAAGAGGAGAUGAUGAACGACGCCAUCGACGAUGCCAUGGGCGAUGAGGACGAUGAGGAGGAGAGCGACACCAUCGUGUCCCAAGUGUUGGACGAGCUGGGUCUCAAUCUGUCCGAUGAACUGUCAAAUCUCCCGAGCACCGGAGGAAGCCUAUCGGUGGCCGGAGGGAAGAAGCAGGAGCCCCAAGCCGCCCUGGCCGACGCAGACGCUGAUCUGGAGGAGCGGCUGAACAACCUCCGGAGGGAUUGAACACACAGUGAAGAGUCCCACACUGUGGCUGGGUUGUUAAUACGGAUAAAAACAUACUCAAAUGUCUGCGUUUAGAUUCUUUUGAAGGUGUAACUGGCUGAAUACUAGCUGUUUCAGCUGUGUGGCUUUCUGUUUGAGGUGUUUUUACUUUAUGGGUGUAUUGUGUAUUUUAUCAAAAACAUACAACGGUCAUUAUCUCUCACCUCAUUGAAGACAUUGCCAAAUGACACAAAUUCUCUUACAGUGAAAAUCUAUCUCUCUCUGUCUGUGUAAAUACUAACUCCUCAAGGCAUGACGUUUUCACAAUUUGAAUUAACACUAAAAGCAAAAUGUUUAAAAGAACCCAAAGGAAAGAUGGUAACAGGACAGAAGUGGAUAUUUUAUAUGUCAGCACUUUUUGUACGUCCGGCUGGUUUGGCAUUCUUUGUAUUAUCAUCAUAAAAUAUACAGUUUUAGCGCUGAUGUAACAUU